UAUUGACUUGGAGUCUCGGUAUGUAGAACUAAGAACAGCAACUUCAAAAUACUCUCAUCAAACCAUCUUCCAGAAUCUCAGAAUCCAGCCCAAUCAGAGUCCUCAUUAUGCAGUUCACAAGCUUCCUCACACUGGCUCUUGCCUCCGUCGCUGCUGCUGCUCCCGACUUUGCGAUUGGCACGCCAACCUUGAUUACCCCAAAGGACAGAUCUGAACUCGCGGCCCUGACAAAGGCGCUCUAUGAAGCCGCAUCGUCAUACCAGGCCUCCCUGACAGCACAGCCAGAAUGGUCGUCGGCCUUCUCCGCGCUGAAAGAAUUCCAGACAACAGCGACAAUGAGCGUCCCUUCGGACGUCACAGCCACUGACAAGAUCUUGACUUUCGCAACCACACCAGACUGGUUCCAUGCUAUGCCCACCGAUCUCCAGAAAUACCUUGAGAACAACAUGAAGAAUGGGGAAGAGCUCAUUGCGAGUGUUGUCAAGAAGACAACAGGCGACGCCGCCCGACCCCUUGGCAUGGGAAUCUACAUCAGCGGAGCAGUUGCUGCUCUUGUAGGAGGUGUCGCGGCCGUGCUGUAGUUGACGAGCGAUUUGAAGAGUCUAUUAUAGUUGAACGAGAGGCGUUUGAAGUAUUGAUACCCUGCUUUAGCUGCUUCCACAAUACAAUGUUACUUUUGCAACAAUAUAAGCAAA